AUGAUUUCCUGCAAGCCCGCUCUGUCGUUGGCUCAGUGUCUCUGCCGGAAGAAAGUGGUGCGAGAAGAGAGCGUUGAAGAGUCCCACCUCUGCCGUUGUCUAACAACCAUCGACCUCAUUGCCCUAGGGAUUGGUAGCACACUGGGCGCUGGUGUGUACGUGCUGGCAGGAGAAGUGGCUAAGGCCGACUCGGGGCCCAGUGUCAUCAUCUCCUUCCUCAUUGCAGCACUUGCGUCGAUGUUGACCGGCCUCUGCUAUGCCGAGUUCAGUACACGAAUGCCCAGGACUGGCUCCGCUUAUCUCUAUAGCUAUGUAACCGUCGGGGAAUUGUUAGCCUUCAUCACCGGCUGGAAUCUGAUCCUCUCGUACACCAUAGGCACAUCCAGCGUAGCGAAAGCAUGGAGUGGCACAUUUGAUACCAUAAUUGGCAAACCAGUGGAGAGCUUUCUCAAAGGCAACGCUAAACUAAACUCUCCAGGACUGGCAGACUACCCCGAUUGUCUUGCUGUGUGUAUAAUAAUGCUUCUGGCAGGUCUCCUGUCGAUUGGUGUGAAAGAGUCGACAAGAGUGAACAAGCUCCUAACAGCUAUUAACAUACUGGUACUUCUGUUUGUUAUUAUUGGGGGGUUCAUAAAAGGAGACAUUUACAACUGGAACAUACGAGAAGAAGACCUGAUGAACAUGACGGCCGAAGCACAAAACCUGUCGUUGGUUGCGCACGUGGACAACGGCUAUGGAUCGGGUGGGUUUAUGCCGUAUGGAUUCAGUGGAACGCUGACUGGUGCUGCAAGUUGCUUCUAUGCCUUCGUGGGUUUCGAUUGCAUUGCAACCACAGGUGAGGAAGUGAAGAAUCCCCAGAAGUCUAUUCCCAUUGGCAUCAUUACCUCUCUUCUCAUCUGUAUCUUGGCAUAUUUGGGUGUUUCUGCGGCACUUACUCUUAUGAUGCCAUAUUAUCUGCUCGAUGUUAAAAGCUCGCUCCCUACUGCCUUUGAGUAUGUGGGCUGGAGCGGGGCUAAGUAUUUAGUAGCUGUAGGUUCCCUGUGUGCGUUGUCAACAAGUUUGCUGGGUGCCAUGUUCCCUUUGCCCCGGAUCGUCUUGGCAAUGGCCAGAGAUGGCUUGUUGUUCAAGGUUCUGGGGAAACUGAGCACACGACAGACUCCCAUCGUCGCCACAUUUGUGGGAGCAGUUAUUUCUGCUGUAAUGGCGUGCCUCUUUGACCUGAAAGCUUUGAUAGACAUGAUGUCCAUUGGCACACUUGUUGCCUAUACACUCGUGGCAAUGUGCGUUCUUAUCUUGAGGUAAGGCACUUUGGGGGAGAAAUUCCGUUCGGCAUCACAUGUACGGCCUUCGGCAAUGAUACCCACUAAUCAUCUGAUACAGCGCUUUAUCUCACAUCAGUCGGAUUUCGAUAAGAAAAUCGCUGUUGAAAUGAAUGAUGGAAACGGGGCCGGGCAGAAUGAAGAAGCCAUCAAGAGGUAUUUGGUUUCCAGCUUGUUACUCUCUCCUCUUCAAUUCCCGACAAGGCAGUCGUCAAAUAUCGUCACCUGUUGUGUAGGAAUAAUUGUAAUCCUGUUCUUUAUCGUGUACGGAAUGACAAGUUCGGGGCUGGACGCUAUCAUAGCAGCAGAGAUUGGGAGCAUCUUUGGUCUUGUGACCCUCCUCUUGAUAUCAGUGGCCGCCGUGUUGAUCAUCUGGAGACAACCGCAGAAUCAGACAAAGGCUCCAUUUAUGGUGCCCUGCAUACCAUUCCUUCCCAUACUCAGCAUGUGCGUCAAUCUGUGCUUGAUGGUGCAAAUGAGUGCGGCAACCUGGAUUCAAUUCUCCAUCUGCAUGGCGAUAGGCUUGCUCAUAUAUUUCUGCUACGGCAUUCGGCACAGCGUGGAAAGACAUCAUCGGCAAGGGCACUGUGUCGAGGGUACGUUCGGGAACGAAACGUCCGCUGACGAGAACAAAGAUGAGGUGAUUUGA